UUCAAGAAGUGUACACUAAAGCGUUCUUUUUAGCAGAAGUGACGUCAUUGUUGCUGUUCGUUUUAGCAGUGCAACGGUACUCAGUGCAACAGUUCACUGUACUGCCUGCCCUAGGUCUGGAGGUAGUACAGCGGUGCAGUUCAAUAUGGCAGCGUACGUGGACGAAAACCGUGGUAUGCUUUAACCUCAAACCGUAACGUAUUACAGUGCAAGUAUACUAAUGCAAAUAUUAGUUUAAUAUUAGUAUAAGAGAGAUAUAUAGUAAACAAUCACAUAAUGGAAGACUUACUCGGAUCUAUAGUAAGAGAUGAAGCAGGCAACAUUAUAGUAAAUGAGGAUGGAUUUGUCACAUGUAUCUCUAAAGACCUAAGCUUUCAAAUAGAAUACAACGAAAUUGACUUUACCAAAGACACGCUUGAGUGUACUGUUGGAGAGAAACGUGUUUUUAUUAAAUUAAAUGACAAUGAAGCAAAUAAAGAAAAUUGCUCAUCUUCGGAUUUGGAUAUAAAUAGAGCAUUUACUUGGACAGAUGCCAGCACAAAAUUAUUUAUCGAAUUAUACAAAGAAAAAAAAGAACUUUUAACCAACAGAAAAAUUAAAACAAGAAAAAUACUGUGGCAAAGAAUUUGUGAAAGCAUGAAAAUGCAGGGAUUUGAUGUCACACCAACGCAAGUAGAAAAUAAAAUGAAGUCACUUGAGAGAUCAUAUAAAAAUAUGAUUACAAACAACAAACAGACAGGCAGAGGACGUAUGACGUGUCCAUAUGAAAGAGAAUUAACAGAAUUACUUGGAUACAAACACAAUGUAGAACCUGUGGCAGUUUCUGGUAAAGAAGGUACGGUAAUAAGAAAAGACCGAGUAAGCACAUUUCAGACAGAGGCAAGAGAGGAAGAAAUAUUUAUAGAUGCAAACCAAAAACACAGACAAAAUGUAGAUACAAAUCAUUAUAACAAUGAAACAACUCUGUCCUUACAAGAAGACUUAGACGAAGGAGGUGAAAGUUCUGUAAAUAUAAUGCUCCAAAAGAAUACUAUAAGUCAGAAUCUCAGCAAAGUGCCACAGAAAAGCGCAAGAACACAAGUAGGUACUACAGGACGAGUGCUAGAAAAGUGUCACAAAACUUUAGACACGCUUACAGAGAAUAUCCUAAUUGAAAGAAAUGCGAAAUUAGAUGUGCAGAAGCAAAUUUUGGCUGAGUAUAAACGAAUAUCAACUAUUUAUGAAGACAUGGCAAAAACCAUAAAGGAACAGUUGACAACUGCUAAUAAUUUAAGGCAGGAAAGAAAUAAACUGCUACGAGAUCUUGUUUCUCUGGAUUGAGAAAUUAAAAAAAAUACAUUUAAACAAAUACUGACAAGUACAAAGUAACACAGUACAAAUGAGUUAUAAUUUUAUAUUAUAUAAGUAACGUAUAAGUUAACAUGUUGCACAAUGUCAUAGUUUAUUUUUUUUUUUAUUAUAUGCAUUAUAAUGCAUAUUUUUUAAUGUGAUGUAUAUUUUAUUUCGUUUUUAGUAUGUGCAAUAUAUACGUACAUAAGAAUUGAACUUCUCAUUAUCCGUAUAUAUAUUUCUAAAUUUUUUGUUUGUAAUAUUAAUUAGACAGUGCCAGAGAAAUUUGAAGAUGGACUAUU